UCCGGCGGCGCGCUGCGGACUUAACCCAGCGCGGACGGCGGCGAGGAUCAGUCUUGGCCCGCAGACCUUACCGGACACUCGUGGCCUCUCGCGCUCUCGCCGCCUCGAACGGAUAACACGCCCGCACGCCCGCCACUCCCGCUCCGAGUUCUCUGUCUGCAGGGAGCGUGAAGGACAAAAGCAAAAUGUGUUCGCUAAAAGCCGUAAUAGGGUGUGGCAUCUUCUUGGCUGUCCUGGACAUCUUCCAAGGGUUGAUAACUCUAGGGUGGUAUGGCUACCGUUUCGUGUGGUAUUACUUCUAUUUGUGCCCCAGAGAGCUGCCCAUUGACGAAUGCCACGCCGAGAAAUACCACUACGAACAGUUGUACACUCUCCGUACUUACAUCGGCAUCGGUGAGGGCGCCGUGACCCCGAUCUUCGCUGUUAUUUACAUCGUUGCUCUCGUCAGGCAUAAGCCGUGGCUCGCUUGGUGCUGGCUCAUCAAGGCCUUCGGCGCCCUGGGCAUCAACGUGUACUUCCUCAGCCAGUGGCUCAUCAGACUCAAGAACUUCGACCACCUUAGAGCCAUCAGACCGGCUUACGACCAGCAGUUCCUGUGGAUGGGCAUCGGGCUGACCCUGGCCGAGGUGAUCAUCCUGCUCCUCUUCUGCCUCAUUGGGGGCAUCUUCACGUACAAGGUGUGCGAGGAGCGCCGCAGGAGCAGGCGCAGUCUGCACCGCAUCCACAAGAUGGGCCGCGGCCGCGCCACGGCGCCGCCCCUCGACGGCUACGACGACGAGUCCUCGAUCGUGCGCGCCAACAUCGAGGAGCAAUUCCUGAACCACGGCCUCCACGACUCCACCAACAAGCUGCCGCUCCCCGGAUCCACCAGCAGCAUGGACGAGGUCGGGCAGGCCAGCACGCUGAGGCCGAACACGCAGGUCUAGGUGCCAGGGAGGCCGCCCUUGCCUCUGGCGGCCGUCAGAGGCACGAGAAGUGUUCAGUCCGCCUGCGAUGCGACGGGAUCUGAAGGAGGCGCUGUGCCUGCGGGGCCGCCCUCAGGCCGAAGGCUCCGGCUGCGCGGCGGCACAGCGGUCGCGAGGGUCUCUCUGUCCAGGUAUUCAUCGCCCUUAGCUUUAGGAAGGAUUCAUUGAGUCGAAAGUCAAGUGCAAGGCAUUUCCCCGAAGCAGAGAGAUGUUGGAUCUGCAUUUGCUGCAACAAAGGUCACUGCUGGAGGAGUUUAUCAUCGAAGUCAGACUUCAUUGCUAGAGUGCCAAAGAUAUUCCUUAAUGCCAGUAGAGGGGACUCGACCCCCCCCUCCCCGCCCCCACGGAAGUGCCCUGCGUCCUACGUCUCCUGCAGGUGCUGCCGACUUGUCGAGUCAUUUAUUCCGUGUACAUAGAUAGGUGUAUAUACUAGGUCCUCAGAUUUCCUCUCUUCUUUUCUUCUUUUCUCUUGUGUAUAUGUUGAUAGUGAUGCAUCAACUACAACCAAGUUACACGUGUAUGACCUUUUUAACAGAGUAUUUUUCGUGAAGAUAUAAGUCGCUGUGUUUAGGUUAGGAUUAAAGUUGCACUCGCUCUGUCGAGCUCGAUUCGGAGCCCACCAAGAGAGAUAGGCCUAUGCGAUUUUUACAUUUUUUUAGGAGAAUAUAUAUGUGUGAAAUAUAGAAGUUUUCUGACAUAAUUUUACUACCAGAUGUAUAUUAUAUUUAAUAAUAAAAAUCCUUUAAUAUGAAAA